AUGUCACUGAACGAUCUAAAGAAGGUUUCAUUCUGGACUGAAUGUGCUUGCGAGCUCAUGGUUUCUUUUAUGCUCACGACGGUAGUGAUGUUUGUGUUGGUGACUAACAAAAAAGAGUUAUACGAGCCGAACACCACCCACCUAGGACUGUUCGUCUUGGCUUUUGUAUUUAUGGCCAUCGAAACUUACGGACCAAUCGCCUGCCUGCUCAAUCCUAUGGCUGCCUUUUCACUUUUCCUGGCCGGGAAGAUCUCCCUCGCAAGAUGCGUGAUAUUCACAAUAUUGGAGCUAUGCGGUGGGUUGGCUGGAACGUUCUUUGGAUACUUACUGACUCCGGACAACCGUGUGAUACCCUACUUCGACCCGAGCCACCACGGCAUGAACAACUGGCAGUCCGUUACCAUAGAGGGCUUCUUCUCCUUCAAUCUCAUCUUCGUGGUACUCAGUGUACAUGGAACUGAAUAUCCCAGACCACUCCCAUUUCUACCGAAUCUGUCCAUAGCCCUGGCACUGGCAGUCGGAUUAUUUGCCGCUGUGUAUUGGCUAGGGCCUUACAUUGGCGGUCCACUGGCUGUACUCGCUUACAAGUUGUUCGCUAUGGGGAAGUUUUACAAACCACGAGAGGCUGUCGAACGUGAAUCAGUCGCCCUGCAGUCACAGAUUUGA